GCGGGGAGGGAGCAGCGAGCCGGGCGCAGCUGUCCGGAAUCAUGACUGAAGAUGACGGAUUCCGUGCUGGUGGAGGGUCACGUCAAGUUGAGAGAUGGAAAAAAGGUCCCUGCUCGCAGCGCCCCUUCGGCCCGGCCCUGCGGCGGGGUGGCCAAAAAUAGGAGGCGGCUACCGCCGGAGCCCCCCAGAGCCACGGCGGCCAGUGCCCUGUGGAACGUUGUCCCUCGGGCUGCCAGUGGUGCCCGGGUGUCGGUUUUGCUUCUUUUAGACUGUUUGCUCAUGCUUGUGUACAAAGAUAAAUCUGAACGAGCAAAAGGGCAUAAGGAGAGGAGCAGCAUGACCUUAGAAGACAUCUGUGGCUUGGAUCCUGGGCUGCCCUAUGAGGGCUUGAAUCACACGCUCGCAAUUAUCUGUCUCUCUCAAGUUGUGAUGCUGGGAUUUGAGAACAAGGAAACAAUGUAUGCAUGGGAUAUACGAAUCCGCUACAGUUUGGGGGAAGUUCAUAGAUUUCAAGUUUUCGUAGCACCUGGCACUAAACUAGAGAGUGGGCCUGCUACCCUGCAUUUCUGCAAUGACAUUCUCGUCCUUGUAAAAGACGUUCCUCCUAUUGUCAUGGGGCAAUGGAAGCUCUCAGAUCUGCGUCGGUACGGAGCUGUCCCAAAUGGAUUCAUCUUUGAAGGGGGUACCAGGUGUGGCUUCUGGGCUGGUGUUUUUUUCCUUUCUUGUGCUGAAGGAGAGCAGAUCAGCUUUCUAUUCGACUGUAUCGUCCGUGGCAUCUCCCCGACGAAGGGCCCUUUUGGUUUGCGUCCAGUCCUACCAGAUCCAAGUCCAAAUCCAGCCUAUUCAGAAGAAAGAUUGGCUCAUGAAGCUUUGCAAUUAGAAAAACGUUUGAGCUUGCUGUCCCAUACUAGUCGCCAGGGCAGUGGAGGAGACGAGAGAAGUCUUUCAAGCUCAUCUUCAGAUACCAGCCACUCGGAUGUUAGUGUUGGGAGCAGGUUGACAAUUUGGCCUGAACAGUCUUCAGCCAGCACCUCUCAAGAGAGUCAUGGACUAGCAGCUGCAAAGGGCAUUCAUCUUGGGGAAGAAAAGACCCUUCCAGAAGGAGCACAUGGCACCACUAAACCACCUCCAAAGCCCCUCCGAUCCAGACAGCUACAGGAAAUAGGUCGCCAGAGUUCUUCUGACAGUGGGAUAGCUACUGGUAGUCACUCUUCUUAUUCUGGAAGCUUCUCCUCCUAUGCUGGGAGCUUGGACAUUUGCCAUGGUGAUGAGUUUGGAUCAUUACUAAGCUUGCCAUUGAACUUUCCUUCGGAUCAGAGUUUAUGUACUUGUCCUCACAGUGAACCCCAGAGAGGUGCAGGGUCAGAGUAUCAGGUUCCCAGUUCUCUCAGACAUAUUUAUGAUAUACCCAGGAGUUUGUUACAGGCAGCUUCUAAAGAUGUGCAACCGAAAAGUGCAGAUUCCACGCUAUCCAAGGACCAGGCUCUGUUGCCUCAAGGUGCUAGUGACCCAAAACUGCUACUACCACACUUGGAAGCACGGAGGGUACCUGAGCACAGCCAGGACAGAAGGAGGCCUUCAUCCUUACUGGCAGAAAGCAGCAAGGACUCGAGUGAUGAGACCUAUGUGGAUUUUGUCUCCAGGUGGUCAGACACAAAACCACAAGGACAGGUGCCAGACUCCAAAAGUAGUGAGUUGUCACCUCCUGGUGGGCCCUCAGCUGACCCCUGUGACACAUGUAGCCCCCACCUCGGGAUGACAAGAGCUCUUUUUUCAGCUUGUCCAAUCUGUGGUGGACUGAAG